GUUGAAGGAGGUGCUCUUCAAGUCCGCAGAGACGCUCGCAGUGUCGCCGCAGGACGUCAGAUUCCACAAGUGGGAGUCUGCAAAGGGGGGCCUCGGCGUGUUCUUCUUUCUCGAGGUGGAGAACCCCUUCGUACAGCACGACGAGCCAGAGGAGUGGUUCAGCAUCGAUGACUGGUUUGCUUCGCUUCCUGUUCCUGUGGACGAGAUUCGCAUCAUGACGCAAUCCCAGCUUUACCCUCCCGGCCCACAGCCGGCGCCGACCCCAUUCCUGGACCCUUGGCUGCCGGGCGCCUGGGUAGCCAGUUGUAGAAGCAACCGUGGAGAGCAGCAGCUAGCAGUCGUCAUGCGUCCACUACUAGAACUGUCGUGCUUGUGCUUGUCCUCGUACUCGUCGUCGUCAUAUUCGUCUUGGCGGUGCUGGUGGUGGCGGUGGUGUGCAAGAGCCAUCUCGAUCUCCUUUCUAGCAAAACUACCUUGGGGUAGUCCCUAA